AGGGUGAGGGCGGUGGCGGUGGCGGCGGCGCAGUCUGCACCAUGGCGUACCCCGGGCACCCUGGCGCCGGCGGCGGGUACUACCCAGGCGGGUAUGGAGGGGCUCCCGGAGGGCCUACGUUUCCCGGACAAACUCAGGAUCCACUGUAUGGUUACUUUGCUGCUGUAGCAGGACAGGAUGGGCAGAUAGAUGCUGAUGAAUUGCAGAGAUGUCUGACACAGUCAGGCAUUGCUGGAGGAUACAAACCUUUUAACCUGGAGACUUGUCGGCUUAUGGUAUCAAUGCUGGAUAGAGAUAUGUCAGGCACAAUGGGUUUCAAUGAAUUUAAAGAACUCUGGGCCGUGCUGAACGGCUGGAGACAACACUUCACCAGUUUUGACAGUGACAGGAGUGGAACAGUGGACCCUCAAGAACUGCAGAAGGCCCUAACCACAAUGGGAUUUCGGUUGAGUCCCCAAGCUGUGAAUUCAAUUGCAAAACGAUACAGCACCAAUGGCAAGAUCACCUUUGAUGACUACAUCGCCUGCUGUGUGAAACUGCGAGCUCUGACAGACAGCUUUCGAAGACGGGAUACUGCUCAACAAGGUGUUGUGAAUUUCCCAUAUGAUGAUUUCAUUCAGUGCGUCAUGAGUGUUUAAAUCAAGAGGAAGCUGCAUGAACAUAACCGACAUUCCGACUGGAGUCCUCUUUUGCCUUUGCCUUCAGUAACGUGUGUAACUUGCAUCACUGCUUUUCCUUAAGGGCCGUCAUAAAGGUUUAUUACUUUAUGUACAACUGAAGUAUUUAGUACUGAUAAUAAAUUCUUUGGAAUUUUACUAAUA